AUGCAGCCAAAUCAAUUCCAAAUAAAAGUUGUUUUAUUAGGCGACUCAGGAGUCGGAAAAUCAAGCAUUGUAGUCCGCUAUAUUGAAGAUCGAUUUUAUGAAGAUCUUGAAGCAACAAUCGGGGCAAUUACUGAUCUUUUCCUCGAAUCUUUUUUCUAGUUUUUCAUUUUAUUCAAACAUUAAGGUUUUGUCGAGCAAGAGUCUGAAGAGAAAAAAUUUUACAAAUGAUUCUGAAAAAUUCUGCCGGGAAAAAAUCAGACUAAAAGAUAUGCUACAAUCGGAGCCUCCUUUCUUUCAAAAACAAUAGAGCUCCAAAACAAAGUAGUGAAGUUCAAUAUAUGAGACACAGCUGGACAAGAAAGAUACCACGCUUUAUCAAAAAUGUAUUAUUCAGACUCACAAGCUGCUAUUUUAGUAUAUGAUAUUACCAAUAGAAGGUCUUAUGAUGCAAUGAAGCAAUGAUAUAGAGAACUCAAAGAAUUUGGCCCAAGAUCGCUUAUGAUUGCUGUUGCUGGGAACAAAGAGGAUUUAGUUGAGAACGAAGAAGUGGAUAUGAAUGAAGCUAGAGAGUUUGCAGCAUCUAUUGGUGCAAUCUAUAAAAAGACAAGUGCAAAAACAAGAUAUGGGAUUGAUCAGAUUUUUAGGGAAAUUGCAACUAAAGGGAAAUAUACAGAAAGCAGAAAUAGCAUCAACCUUAGUAAAAAGAUACCUGAAAAAGGAAACUCUCGUCGAGGGUGCUGUUAA